AAAACCAACACAUGAGUAAAUGGUGGUCCCUAUAGUUCACGAGACUCACUGUUUAUAGAACUUUAAAGGACCAGAGUCACAAAUAUGGACGGAGAUAAUAGAUAGCCCGUAUUAAUAUUUCCUUCGUGCGUGAUAGUUGAUAGUUAAAAAAAAACGGUUAGAAGGAGUUUCAUCUUGCUUUUGACAUGUCUCUGUUUCUUGUGAACAGGUAUCUUGGGGAGGAGGAAGAUGGGAGCAUCUCAAAGGAGUCUCGGUCUCAGGUGUUACUGGCUAAACUGCAGCAGAAGGCAAAAGAGAAGCAGAAACAGAGUCUGACAGAACAGAGACAGCAGCUGCCUGAAGAACACACAGUACAGCAGGGUGUCAAAAAGAAAAGAAAAGCUGACAAGGACAGCAGUCAAGAACCUCAACACCACAAAAAGAGGAAUUUAGAAGUAGAACCUUUGGAUGUUUUGGACUCUGAAAAUCACGAUGAGCCUGUUGAAGAGAAAAAGAAGAAGAAAGGUGCAAAUGAGAAACAGAAGAAGAAGAAGAAGAAUCAAUCAGGCAGUUCACUCGAGGGUCUUUCAGACUCUCCUGAAGCUGGAAGAGAUGGAUGGGAGGAUGCGGGAGGAGAAGAACAAGCAGAGACAGAAAAUGAUCCAGCAAAACAAACAACAGAGACGAUUUCUGCUCCAACUGGAUUCACAGUUGUGGGCGGAUUUGAGAACAAACCUGUCCAAAAGGUUCACAGAGUCCUGCCUCAGUGGCUCGCUCAGCCCGAUGUGAUUCACAGGGACAUUAAAAACAACCUGGUCCCCGUAUCUGACGUCUCAGGACUCUGUGCUCCACUUGUGAAAAAACUACAAAAUAAUGGAAUACAACACUUCUUCCCAGUGCAAGCAGAGGUCAUCCCGGCCAUCUUGGAGAGCGCGUCCAAUCAGCAAGGGCUGCUGAUUGGACGUGGUGGCUACAAGCCCAGAGAUAUGUGUGUUUCUGCACCAACAGGCAGUGGAAAGACUCUUGCAUUUGUCGUACCUGUCAUACAGGUGCUGAUGGAGCGGGUGGUGUGUGAAGUCCGGGCUUUGGCUGUGUUGCCGACCAAAGAGCUUGCUCAGCAGGUUUGCAAAGUGUUCUCAUCAUACGCUGAGGGAACGCCUCUGAAAGUGGUGAUGCUGGCUGGUCAGAGGUCCUUUGCUGCAGAGCAGGCUUUACUCUCAGAACACAGAGGGGGCACGAGACGCAGUCUAGCAGACAUCGUCGUGGCCACUCCAGGUCGACUGGUUGAUCACAUCAACAAGAAUUCAGGAUUUUGUCUGGAGCACCUUAGGUUCCUUAUCAUUGACGAGGCUGACAGAAUGAUUGACAGCAUGCACCAGUCUUGGCUUAGUCAGGUGGUGAAGGCGGUGUACAGGUCAGGAAGUGGACCGGAGAACAUGUCCAUCUUCAGGAGGACUGAGCCAGCACAUGUCACAGCAGCCAGUCUCUCUCCACCUCAGAUGCCUCUGCAGAAGCUGCUGUUUUCUGCCACACUCACGCAGAACCCAGAGAAGCUGCAGCAGCUGGGCCUCCACCAGCCCAGACUCUUCAGCUCCAUCCACAGCCACUCCAACACCACGCCAGCAGCCAGCGCCCAGAAACAAGACCGCUUCGACUUCCCACAGGGUCUCACGGAGUAUUAUGUUCCCUGCACGCUGAGCAAAAAGCCCCUCCUCAUCCUCCACUUCAUCCUCCGUAUGAAGCUCAGCCCCAUCCUCUGUUUCACCAACUCCAGAGAGACCGCACACAGGCUCUUCCUGCUGGUGCAGCUCUUUGGUGGAAUUCAUGCUGCCGAGUUCUCCUCCCGACUCUCUCCCGGGGAGAGGAAGAAGACGCUGAAGGAGUUUGAACAAGGAAAGAUCCAACUGUUGAUCAGCACAGACGCAGCUGCCAGAGGCAUCGACAUCAACGGGGUCAAAUGUGUUGUGAAUUAUGAUGCACCACAGUAUGUCAGGACAUACAUUCACAGGAUUGGAAGAACAGCUAGAGCAGGGAAAGCAGGUCUGGCCUUCACCUUCCUGCUGGGAGUACAGGAGAAGAACUUCCUUCAGAUGGUGGUGGAAGCAGGAAGCCCCAGGAUUCAAAAGCAGAUCGUUAAACCCGAGAACCUCAAGAGUAUGGAAGCCCGAUAUGAACAGACACUGCAAGAGCUGGCUAAUGUCAUCAAGGAGGAAAAAGCCAAAUAACGGAGCAGCACCGACAUUCUCCUCUGAGCUGACGCCUAUGCCUUACAAACACUGCACUGCUUUUUUUUUUUUUGUUUAUGUUCAAUAAAACAUAAUGUGUAUGUGGUGAAGCUGCUGACUGAACCUGAGGUCAUUACACACAGUCUGUGAAAGGUUUCACUGCCUUUGCUUUCUUUCCCAUCAGCCUAACACACAUAAAUAAACACAUUAUGAAGUGAAUGAGCACAUGUGAAUUCAGAAGCUAUAAUAAUUUACAGUUUAUGAUAUAAAGAGGAGUCAGAUUUUGUUUCAUUGGAAUUAAUUGUCAUUAUAAAAUAAAACAAAAACACUUUUAAAGAACCAGAAAUCAUUUCUAUGUGUCAGCCCUGGGUGUUUCCCAGUACAGCUGACAUGUUGCUGGUAACUGGUU